AUGAGUAAACCAAUCAAUGUGUACUCUAUUUCAGAGGUAGCACUAAGUUUAGACGAAAGCUUGCCUGACAUUUUUGGAAGAUUGGAUUAUAAACAAACGUUUAGAUUAAUUGAUCAAAAAUUAAUCAUUGGUUAUUCAAUUGCCAUUGUGGCCGCUACAAGUUUCAUCCUGGACAAAAAAUUUGGACACAAUGAAGUCAUUCCAUACCAAACAGCUUUAGUUUCCUUUUAUUUUAUAUUAUCCAUCAUCUUCUGGUAUUUCAAGAAAUAUGUAGAGAAAUCUACCGUUUACGAAGGGACUAAUACAAAGACUGGGGAGAAAAUUAGUGUUAAAACCUCUUACGUUGAAGCAGAGCCCUUUUAUAACUUUGUUCUAUCUAAUUCUAAAGGCAAAAGUCUCAAUGUGAAACUGGAAAUUAAUAAAGUUUUCAAUGAACCAGGUUUCUUACAGACAAAUUUAUUCUAUGAAUGGAUUAAUACACAAUUGCAAACGUUGGAUGCUAAAAAAAAUGAAUGA